GCCUAUUAUUUUGAAUUAUAUAGUUGACCCAUUAUGUUUAUGAGGAUUUACUGGUACAGAGUAAUCCAACACAUAGGGGGGCAUUUAAAAUGCUGCCCAUUUCAAUCCCUUAUCAUAAUAACAACAUGCAUUAACCCCAUUCCUUCUCCUAUCUAAAUCUUUUCUUUUAUGUACACUGAGAGCAUAUGCACCAAGCCAAAUUCCUUGUGUGUCCAAUCACACUUGGCCAAUAAAAAAUUCUAUUCUAUUAUUCUAUUCUAAUUCUGUUCUAUUCUAUUCUUAUUCUAAUCUAUUCUAUUCUUAUUCUUUUAUUCCUAUUCUAUUCUAUUCUAUGAUCAAGAAUAGCCAGUAUCUCCAGUCAGCAUCAAAUUCAAGCGUGAAAAAGCCCAUUGCACAGCUACAUCUCAGCCUAAAUGUUGGAUUACUGGAAACAUUCAUGGACACGUUCAAUUUUCGGUUCGACCAAGCUUCAAGGCUAUUUCAAGCCUAAUAUUAUGCUUAGAAGCAAUGCAUGGUCACAUACUAAUUUUAGGUGGUUCGGAAGCGGCUGAGGAGGUAGGCAGUAAACCGCUCCCACGGUAGGGCAGCACCAUAAGACAAGAGGCUGGUCUGCCCUUCGCGGAAAGGUCCCCUUGUCCCUCUUGUGCCCACCCCAGAAGCGGCACACGCCCUUCUCACGUUCUCUAUCCCGGAGGAAUAAGCCUCACAGAUCCCGAGCGAGCCUUCCUCAGCAGCCCGGGAAAGCAGCAGGAGCCGUCCGUGCACCUAGCAGCGUCGCUCCGUAAAGAAGCUCGGCGGAGGCUGCGUUCCAUGUUUUCCGGGGAUGAAGACGCCCGGCCAGGACGACGGCCGCUUGUUUGUGCCCACGGCCUGGCUCUCCCCCCCACCUCCCACGCCCCCGGUCGAAGAAAGAGGUGGGGGAAGGCAGCGAGGAAGGAAAGGAAGGAGCGGCUGCAACACGGCAGCUCCAUUUCAAGCGGAGGCGCGGGAGCCGGCGGUCACGUGACGCGAUUCCUGGAAAGUUCUUGGAAAGCGGCCUUUGCAUUUUUAAUCUUUCCGCGAGUAAAAACGCAAAGCAGAAGAACCGCCGGGAGAAGGAAAAAAAAAAACAACGGCCGGACACCGGGCGAGGCGCCCCGAAGCUGCCUCGAGACCGCUUGCAAUGUGUCCGGCGGGGGUGGGGGCAAGGGGCUUUAAGCGGGGGGGCCGCUCCACAUACUGUAAGCACGAGAAACCUGCCUUUUCCCCCGCCACCCCCGCACCGAGCAGCAGCUCGCUCAGCCUAUCUUGAAAUGGCACGGGAGGAAAGACGGGGGCAACGCUCGCCUCGCCAUUAUUAAUCCCAGUCAUGACAUGCAACCACGUCACCCCACUUUCUGAGUUGUUUUGGUAUCGGCGCGCACCAGGCAGCAAAUCUCGGCCGCCAACCGCGGCUCCUUGCUCCUGUUUACUUGGCGUCCACGCGUCACAUGAAUAUUUCCUGCCCCGGGUUGUAGGAGAAGGUCUUGCUCUUGCAGAGCAUAACCUGAGCUGGCCGGCCCGGCAGCCACUAGCCCGGCCUCUCGCUCGCUCUCUCGCAGCUGAUGCCGCUGCGGUCUUUCUCUUUCUCUCUCUCUCCUUUUGAAACAAAAGCAGGCUGGUCGCCGUGGCGAGCCUCCCAACGGCCUCUCCGUUUAAAAAGCGCCGCGCUAAAGAGACCAGCAUCCCGGGUUUUGCCGCGUUUGCUGGCGAGGCCGAAGGUAAGAGUUUGGCCGAGUGCACACGACUCUUCGCCCCGGGACUGCCAACCGAUUAUUUCCUAGACAGCAGCCAGACUGUGUGCGAAGGAAAGGAGCAGAAAGGCGUGCACCUUGGAAGCAGCCGAUAAGCCAUCCUCGAAAUCCCCGGCCAGGUGGCGGCUGGGUGAGGCGCUUUUCCCGGGAGGUGCCGUUGCCCCUCGUGUGCAAUGGGGAAGUCAGGACAAUAGGAAGGAGAGGGCAGAGAAAAGCGGACGCCCCUCGCCCACCUCAGCAACAAACGGAUCGCCUUUCCGAGAGAUGCUCCGUAAGUGAAGAUUCGGAGCGGCGGAUUUCGACGGAACCUCUCGCCGGGCCCUGGUUCUCCUCAAGAGCUGCAGGUCCCUGCGGGCGGCGGUCAGAUGGGCUGCGGCAGCCGCCGGGAGCUCUAGUAAGGGCCCGGCGCUCCUUGCUUUCCUCCUCACGUCGUGGUCUCUCCCCCCCAAAUGACCCUGCGCUCGGCCGAAUCCUCGGAUGGCACCGACAGAGCUGGGCCCCAGUGGGAAGCUGGAGGAGCUUCGGCGGAACCUGCUGAAGGGGAGCGCCUGGACUCUGCCAUGAGGGAGUUGAGAUGCGCGGGAUGGUAUUGGGGAAGCAUGAGUGUUGCAGAAGCAAAGGAAAGAUUACAAGAUACAUCUGAAGGGACUUUCUUGGUCAGAGACAGCUCUCACUCAGAGUAUUUACUUACUAUUUCAGUUAAAACCUCAGUAGGUCCUACCAAUUUACGAAUAGAAUUUCAAGGUGGUAAGUUCCGUCUGGAUUCUGUUAUCUGCAUCCGAUCAAAGCUCCAGCAAUUUGACAGUGUGGUUCAUCUAAUUGAAUAUUAUGUCCUUAUGUGCAAGGACAGAAGAAUGGUCUCCGAAAUACCUUCCAAUGGAACAGUCCAUCUUUAUUUGAAUAAACCUCUCUAUCAUUCAACACUGUCUCUACAGCAUCAGUGUAGAGUAGCAAUAAACAGAUACACAAGUAAAAUCCAGGAACUUCCAUUACCAACAAGAUUGAAGGAAUUCUUAAAGGAAUAUCGAUAUCGGGUAUAAGCAUCUACUCAGCCUCAUUUUAAGAAACAGGCCUGAAUGCAAUUUGUGUGAAAUCAAAAUCUUCAGCUGCAUGAAUGUAUUGUGUAGAUCAUUGUGAAAAUGGUAUGUUAUUGUGUAUGUUUGUAGAUUUAGUAGAGUACUUGGAUUUAGCUUUCCACUGUUAAAACUUUGGUGCUCAGUAAAUUCCCUGAUGCUAUUAGAAUUACAAGCUGAGGGAAAAUGUGUUUCAGUGGGAACAAGUGCCUACAAGAGAAUGUUCAUUGCUCUUUGAUACCUAUGCACUCACUUUAUUCUUAAAAUAAAUGAGGCAGUUCUGUUGAAUGAGGUUCUCCUACAGAAAGCCAUCUUAUAAAAUAUUACUAAAUCCCAAUCCAAAUGAUGUGGCUGCCCUUCAAAAUAAUUUCUGAAUAAUGUGAACCAGUCAGUGAUACCAUGGGUACCUUAAAAUAAUAUACGUUCCUCAUUCUGAGAGCAUAUUGCAUUCAUCAGUAUUUUGAAAGAUUAAGAAAGAUUUGUCAAUUCCUAGUGACCAUUUACAGUUGAAUGCUCUCCUCAUAUCAGAAGGGCUAAGGGGAGGGGAGGCAGCUGGAUUUCAGCAGCAAAUGACUAACUCUGCAAUUAGGUCACUGUAAACUUUUUAUGAAGUUACAAAGGGAACAUACAUUUUGGGCAAUAAAUUUCCAGCUAGCAUAAAAGACUGGCUGGUGAGAUUCACUGUCUGAGAUUAGAUCAGUCUAGCGCUCCUGAUUGUGUAUUUUGCACAUUCUUAAUUAUAAUUUACAUAUUAAUAAAUAGCAAGCUUUUAUUUCCUAAUAUAGCACUUGAGUGUUUUCUUAUUAAAAACUUAUCUAGCAGUUCUUCCUGAUUAUGAAUACAUGAAACUUUUUUUUAGAAGGGGGGGUCAAGUCCAUGUGACUCUUUGCAACUACCUAGUCGAGUCCUGCAGCUUUCUUGGCAAAGUUUUUGGGAAAUAGUUUGCCAUUGCCUUCUUUCUAAGGCUGAGAGAAAGAGAGAGAGACUGACCGAAGAUCACCAGUUGGCUUCUUGCCUAAGGUGGGACUAUAAUUUAUGAUCUCCUGAUUUCUAGCCUGAUGCCUUAACCACUACAUCAUACUGGUGCUCUUAUGAAAGCUGUAGAGCAAAUUUAUCCAUUUUUACUCAGAAUGUAAAUUUAGCCUUAUAGCAAAGUUCUAUUUGAACAGUCAAAAUGGGAUUAAAUUUCUAGGUAAGAUAUAAGGCAGUCAAUUAUACAUGAACUCUGAACAUUGUGGGGAGCUACAACAGUCUCCUUUAUACACUUAGCGCCCAAAGCCUUCAGUAUAGUCUCUACAAACCCUCCCUAAAUGGUAACUUUAGUCUGAAAGAAAGGGAAGUAUGGUAUACAUGGGAGUAACCAUGUCAGGCCAGAAAUGGAGUGGGGGUUGAGAUGGGUGGAAUCAAUCAUUCCUAAUUUAAGGCAAGGCAAUUAAAAUCUUAUUUAAUCUUAUCCAAAGUAGGACUGAAAAAGCAAAGGUCAUAUUCCUCUUACAGGGACUCAGUGAAUACAGUACAUUGGGGUAAUGUACCACUAUUUGUGUUAGCACAGAUCCAUAACAUCAGUAACGGGCCUCCCUUGAAUGAGGCUUUAUAAUAUCUAGACUGCAGUCUUGCUGUUGUUUCCAUCCAAAACAAUAGCAAAUACGACUAACUUCUACAAUGUAGAAUUUUAUUAGUGUUCUUAUUUCCUUGAAAUGUAAGUAAUUUUGCCUUUUAAAAAAACUAUUCAAGCCUGUAAGUGUCCGAUUUCAGACUGUACUCAGUAAAUCAAAUUGUAAUGCCCUUAUGCUCAUAAUGAGUUUCUGUGUUCAAAUGGACUUUUCCGAAUUAUACAAGCAAUAUUUGUCUAUGUCAUUUCCAGAAGAGAAAAAAAAUUAUGCUACCAAGUGUAUUCAUACUGACAUUUUAGCAGUUAAGCUUGAUAAGUUUAGUGAUAGCUAAUAAAAUAGUUCUAAAUUUCCUCUCAUACACAUUGCUUCAACACUUUUUUAAUACUGUUCAAAUUAAUAGCCUCAACUACAUUUUAUGCUUAAUCCCAUAUAAUUACGCAUCAUGCAAAAAAGGAUUUCAUUUCAUCUGUCCUGAAGGACUUGAAUUUUAAUAAUAUGGCUAAGGAAGAAAAAUAUCCACUUUCUUUACUUUUUAAUACCACUAUUUAAGUUCUCAAUAGUUGAUGGAUGCAGUCAUACAAACUUUUUGAAGUUUAAUUUUAAAGUUGGUCUUUAUUCUGUUUAUUCAAAUAAGGAGGGGGAAACCCAUCUGGGGAUGCAAAGAGCCAGGUGCACAUUAGGAGCUAAAUUUAGGCAGAGAUACACUGAUAUUCAUAUCUAGAAACUGACGCAAUGCUCACAUGAUUACUUGCAAAACUAUCUUGUGUAGAUACAUUUGUUGCUGUGGGAACAACAAAAAAUGGAAAUAUGCAACAUUAUUGAUGAAAUGUUUCUUUUACAUCCACUUUAUUCUCAUUGCUGUUUUGUACAUUCAGAAUAAAUAUGCUAAAAUUAUUCCACAUGUUGCUGCACAUUAUAUUUUCCUUGUAGGUGGCUGUGGUUGGAGGAUUAAGAUGUAAUUACAAUGAAUGUGGGACCAAUUUUUCACCCCUUUUUCUCUCACAAAGACUUAAAGAAUCCAAAUAAAAUAAAUUAGUCCAUUUUGAGAGCGAGAGAGAGGCAGAAGUUGAGAGAUGCAGAAGCCUCUAUAGCAUACAUCAUGUCUGGACCACCCAUCAAACAUUUUGAUUUGGUUCAGUGAACUGCAGUGGAAUUCUGGGAACAGCAAAUGGGAUGCUGGCAUAUAACAAAAGGCCUCAGAUUGCCCAUUGAUAUAGCAAUGUAUAUUUCAUUAUUGCAAAGUCUCCUGUUCCUAAUCUUUUGAACUGCAUGUUGAAUUAGUGGAAGAAUAUACCAUCUCAUAUUCUUCCUUGAUUUCUACAAUGCUAGAAUGAGAUAUUUUCUAGUCUUAUUUUUAUAGAAGUGACUCAAAGGUACUGUGAUAACUCCAGCAUGUGGGGCUGAGUGUCAUGCCAUGUUAAUCAAGUGUACUAUAAUGUGUAGCCCUGCUGGAUAUGUAGAUUAGACUGUAAUGGCUGAUUAAAUAGUUGUUUUAAAAUAUCCUGGCUUAGUAUUCGUGUGAACUAUCUAAGAUUAUUUCCAUAUUAGCUUGGUGUUGUACUAGUUUAUGUUGAAAACUAACUAACUUUAUUUCACUACCAUUGACAGAGUCUAUUGAAAGGUGUUGGAUAAAUUAGAUGUCUUUCUAAAGAGACAAUGGGCUUCACUUUAUUGUCACCUUUGGCAUGAAAUUGUGAAUGGAAGUCAAUUGCAAUUUAAACUUAGCUCUAACAGAAUAUGCAGUGUGCAUAGUUUUUGCAAAUUAUACACAACAUAAUUUAGCUUAUGUUAUAAUCUAAAGAAUACAGGAACUCGGAAAAUAUGCUUAAUACUGUAAUUCUUUUAUCAAACCAAAAGCAUAUGAAACAUUAAAGACGAUCACCAUUCAAUAUUUGGUAUUCCCAAUAGUUAAACUACCUUUUGAUAAUAGAUUAGUUACAGUAGAACUUUUCCUCCAACUUGUAGGAACAACUCUAAACAUGUACUGAUGAAGCAAAUAUAAUUCACUGUCAUAACACAUAUUCCCAUACAAUGUAUAUAAAAUCAAUCUAUAAAUGCCUUCAUGUAUUACACUAAAAUAUGAUUUUGUUUAAUUAUGGUUAUUAUGAUUUUAAAAAAAAUAUAACUUACCUUGUGAUUCAGUGUGACAUUGAAUUCAGUCUAUUUUUUUUUAAUUCUAAGAUAUUCAGUAAAUAUCCAUUAUUAUUAUUUAUUCUGUAACUAUAUUAAAAGUGUCCUGAAAAAUAUUAUAUUUUAGUGCAGGAAGCAAUAUAUCUUAUUGUUCAAUCAACUUUUAAGAAUUUCAGGUUAUACAUAAAUACUGAUUAUUAAUUAUUUCAAUUGCUGUACUUCUUGUGAAAAAUGGUUUUAGCCUGAUCUGUUAUAUAAAGUAGCAUA